GUCAUCACGUCAUUCAAGUCGUAUCACAACACUGAACAUUAUCAUAGGUUCAUGUAGCUCAUGAUUCUCCCCCAAGUUGAAAUUUUGAGGAUGUAUCUACCGGUGUUUCGACUUCAACUUAUUCAACCCGGCAAUAGUUGCAUGUGGCCGUGGAAAUUUGUUUGACCCUGGGUCGGCCCUGAGCUCAACCUUGGCAACCUUGCUUUUUCCUGUCACGCAUGGAUGCUGUGGGUCUCGCGUCGGCGAUUGUCAGCUUGGUGGAACUUACGCACAUCAUUGUCAAGUAUCUCAAAGAUGUGAAAGAGGCGCCCAAAGAACGCGAUGAGCUUUCCAAGGAGCUGUCGAAUCUCACAAUCUAUCUGACGACGGUGAAUCAGCUCACCCAGGCGACGGCAGUAGAUGACCCCUGGCUCGUUACAGUGCGAAGGCUGUCGGAUACUUUUGCCCAACUGGGUGUGUUCCUCAGUGAUCUCAAGAAAAAGUUGGAGCCUGCGUCGGACAGUAUGGGAAAGAUGAAGCAGAGACUGCGGUGGAAAUUCAGUAAAGAGAGUGUGGAGGAUACUCUGAAGAAGAUAGAGAGGAUCAAGUCCUUGGUCAUUAUCCGUACAGCACGAUCAUACGAAUUUAUCUCGUGCAAUCAACGAAAUGUUGGCUACGGUUGACUCGAAGGUUGACGGUCUCGGACAGUACGAAGCGCAUCAAAUAUGACGUAAGCCGCAUAGACAGA